UCCCGGGAUUCCACACAGGAAGGUCACACCGUCCCUCACCAUCAGGGUCAGGAACUCAUUGAUGUAAAAGUUGAGGUGAAGGAGGAGGAAGAAGAAGAGACGUAUGUGAUGGGUGAUCAGCAAUGUAUGAAGGAGGAAUCUUCUCUUAAUAUCAGCUCAAAUGGAAAGUAUUGUUCAGAGAUCGAUACAUUGGAGAGAAGUCUUAUUACGUCUCCAGAUAGUACUGCAAAAGAUGGUGACAUUGCACAAUCGUCUACAAAAGUAAAAUUUUUCUAUUUGGUCAGACCGAUGGAUCCUUCUAAUCCUGAGAAAUCCCAUACUAUGACUUCAGAUGUCCAUCUAAGACCAAUGGAUCCUUCUAAUCCUGAGGAACCUUCUGAGAAAUCCAAUUCUAUGACUUCAGAUGUCCAUCUAUGUUCUCACAGUGCUGACCAAUCAACAGAUCCGUCCAAUCUCCAGAAACCCUCUUCAGCCCAUGAGGGAGCUCACACAGGAGGGAGCUCAUUGCCAUGUUUGGUGUGCGGGAAAACGGUCACUAAGCAAAAUGCAGUUGUUUACCACCAGAAAUCUUACAAGCCUGAGAGUUCCUAUUCAUGUUCAGAGUGCGGAAAAAGUUUUGCUAAGAAACAAAAUCUUCGUAUACACCAGAGAACACACACUGGCGAGCGUCCCUUUUCCUGCUCAGAGUGCGGAAAAUGUUUUUAUGAGAAACAACACCUUCUUAUACACCUUAGAACUCACACUGGCGAGCGCCCCUUUCCUUGUCCAGAGUGCGGUAAAUGUUUUUCUGAAAAGCGAAACCUUCACAAACACCAGAAAAUUCACGCGAGUGAGCUUCCUUAUUCAUGUUCAGAGUGUGGAAAAGGCUUUCCUACAAAACAAAACCUUGUGAAACACCAGAGAAUACAUACGGGCGUGCGGCCCUUUUCCUGUUCAGAGUGCGGAAAUUUUUUUUCUACAAAAGAAAACCUUGUUAUACACCAGAGAAUUCAUACAGGCGAGCGUCCCUUUAGCUGUUCAGAAUGUGGAAAAUCUUUUUCUGAAAAGGGAAGCCUUCGUAAACACGAGAGAACUCACACGGGUGAGCGUCCCUAUGACUGUCUAGAGUGCGGGAAGUCUCUUUCUAGUAAAAGAUGCCUUCAUAAGCACCAGAGAACUCACACGGGUGAGCGUCCCUUUUCCUGUUCUGAGUGCGGAAAAUGUUUUUCUGACCAAGGAUUCCUUCUUAAACAUCAGGGCGUUCAUACGGGGGAGCGUCCCUUUUCCUGUUCGGAGUGUGGAAAAAGUUAUUGUGACCAGACAAGACUUCGCAGUCAUCAGAAUAAAGAACAUUGUUGACCGUCCAUAUAAUAAAAUGUUUAUAAUGGGGUAAAUUCUGGCCAAAUUCCUGGUUUUAUUUAUAGGUGGAGCUUAUUAGGAGGAGUCUUCUGUUGUCUUCUGUUUCUUGGAGACUACAAAUGAUGUGAUGAGCCUCCUAUAUUCUUCUGUUGGGUUCUUCUGUUUCUUGGAGACUCCAAAUGGUGGGAUGUCCCUCCUAUAGUCUUCUGUCGGGUUCUUCUGUUUUUUGGAUACUACAAAUGGUGGGAUGUUUCUCUUAUAGUCUUCUGUUUAUUGGAGACUCCAAAUAGUGGUGGGAUGUCCCUCCUAUUGUCUUCUAUUGCCUUCUUCUGUUUCUUGGAGACUCCAAAUGGUGGUGGGAUGUCCCUUCUAUAGUCUUCUAUUGGCUUCUUCUGUUUCUCGGAGACUCCAAAUGGUGGGAUGUCCCUCCUAUAGUCUUCUGUUGGCUUCUUCUCUUUCUUGGAGACUCCAAAUGGUGGGAUGUUUCUCCUAUAGUUAUCUGUUGGGUUCUUCUGUUUCUUGGAGACUCCAAAUGGUGGGAUAUUUCUCCUAUAGUCUUCUGUUUCUUGGCAACUCCGAAUGGUGGUGGGAUGUCCCUCCUAUAGUCUUCUGUUGGUUUAUUCUGUUUCUCAGAGACUCCAAAUGGUGGGAUGUCCCUCCUAUAGUCUUCUGUUUCUUGGAGACUCCAAAUGGUGGGAUGUCCCUCCUAUAGUUUUCUGUUGGUUUCUUCUGUUUCUCAGAGACUCCAAAUGGUGGGAUGUCCCUCCUAUAGUUUUCUGUUGGUUUCUUCUGUUUCUCAGAGACUCCAAAUGGUGGGAUGUCCCUCCUAUAGUUUUCUGUUGGUUUCUUCUGUUUCUCAGAGACUCCAAAUGGUGGGAUGUUCCUCCUAUAGUCUUCUGUUGGGUCUUCUUUUUCUUGGAGACUCCAAAUGGUGGGAUGUUCCUCCCAUAGUCUUCUGUUGGGUCUUCUUUUUCUUGGAGAUUCCAAAUGGUGGGAUGUCCCUCCUAUAACUGAAAAAUAAUCUGCAUGGGAAUAAUAAAGAAAUGAGUCCAUUAAAUAUUGAAGAUGAUAUCAGUCUUAUAAGUCUAAUAAAAGAGAAACACAGGAAGCACAAUGGAGCUCACGUUCCUCCCAUAGUUCCAGUCUCACAUCCAUAUUACAUCUCCGAAAUAAUCCUCUACAUGAAUAAACACUGUAAACAGGGAUGGACUGGUCAUUGGGACUACAGGGAGUUUCCCGGUAGGCCAAUGGCUCAGUGGGCUGGCUUCAGUGACA